CAGAAAUCAGGUUCCGCCACUAUGUGGACCACAUUACUUUCAAACAAGCUCAAGCUACAGAGAUGAACACACAUCCUAUCAUAUGAUGAGCCACUAUCAGCGUGCAAAUAUCUUUCCUGGGCCUCCAGUGGCGUGGUCCUCUUUGGUUAAGGACUCGUGUGUCCAUCAUCCCCUACCAGACUUCAUCCAUGAUCCAGAGCACUGGCACGGCCACAAAACCGACGAUGUGGUGAAGUGGAUGGAGGAAAACUUUCUUAGCAAACGGUUGCAUAAGCUGCUGAAGGAAGUGGAGAUCAAGGGUGUGUCCAAUUAAGCCUGACAUUUUGGAGCACGGUUUCUGAAAACCACAGCAAAUAAACAAUCACACUUUCCGUAAAGUGUUAUACCGCCAGCAGUCACUUAGCUUUCGCAUGUUCUCGUACAAACAUGUUGGGCUCAUGAUUGACACGUGCACCUCCUACUCAAUAGAGCUGAUGGAAUUGUAGUGGCGAUGUCUCACAAAAUCAAUCAAAUGCUGUAACAGACAGAUAUAGAUGUAGAUAGAUAGAAAUAUGUGUUAAAAGUGAAUUUAGUUGAUGUGUUCUGUGUUAUUUUACACAUAUUGUGAAAGAUAUUUGAAGAGGAAAACUUGUACAGGAAGCUGUCUUAAAGUCACCAUGCAAUCAAACAGGAAAAUUCUAAGUGUUUUGCACAGUGUUGUAGAGAUGAUUAAAAAUGAUUUAUCUGUGCACAGCAUAGUUUUUUAUUCAUUCGUACUUUAAUCAAAAAGAGACAUUUCUCAAAAUUUCUUCUUUUGUGUUCCACAGAAGAAAGAGCUAUAAAUCGUUUUGAUUGACAUGAGGGUAAAUAAAUGAUGACAGAAUUGUUAUUUUGGAUUGUAUCUGUCCCUCAGUUUUGACUGGAAGCAAUACUAAUAACUAGAUGCUCUUAUGUUUGUUUUACGUGUGUGUUACUUGGUUACACAAACUUAAAAUUUUCUGCAUAAAAAUAGAUCGGAUUUGUAAGAUAUAGUCAGUGUUGUGGGGAUUUUUUUGUGACUGAUGUCUUAUGCCGUAAGAUGUGGUGUCAACAUAACGUAAAUCCGACAGUCUCACUUUACGUGGUUUGAUCUUAAAAACCACUGAAACUGUUUUUUUUCUCUCCGGUUGUAAAGGCUUGUUCUUUUUAUCUAGGUUUCCUAUAAAUCCAUUGUCAAAUUGGAGGCGUAAUCACACAUAAUCGGAAAAAAGAAAACAUAAGAUAGUUAAAGUUAUGAAUACUGUUGUAGUAUUAUGAGGACUGUUUUUUGUUUCUUCAGUAAUUUUGUUAUUGUUUGUUUUUGUUCUAUUAUGUUCUAUUAGCCUGUAAUCUUGUUUUCGCUCUUUUUGUAACCACAUCUCACAAAAAAUGUACUGUCACCACAAAUGUUUUUUCUUUCAGGCUACAUUUUUUAACCACAGGUUGUUUAUACUGAUGUUACUGUGGUUUUGUUAUUUGGAAUCCAGGGCUGUUUCAACGUGUUUGUGGCACAUAGCAAGAACACAUAUGACCAGACAGCUUGCAUUUUUCACAAGAGUGAAAGUUUCAGCUCUAGAAUAUAAUGAGGCAGU